AUUAUGAAUUAGUUGAUGAAGAGCUUGACGAUCAUAUUUGGAUAGAUGAAAAAAUCGAUGAAAAAGCUAAUAGUUACUUUGAAGUUUUACUAGCAGCUGCUAGAAAUAAUAAUACUUGGAAAAUUGUAGGUAGACCUACUUAUAAUUAUGAGACAAAUUUAGUUGAUGAGGCUGUAGAUACAAUAGUGAUUGAUGAGUAUAAAGAUAUAAUAAUGGUCAAUAAUACUGUAGAUUCAGUAGUAGAUAAAAAAGUUGAUAAAGGAACUAAGGCUGAGGAGCUUACAAAACAAGAUGUAUUUGUACAUGAGCAUGUGAAAAUAGCAAGCCUUAUUGAUAAUGAAAGAAUAUCAAUAAAGAUAAUAUCAUAUUUACAAUGCAAUAAGUUUAGUAUAAACUCCAAGAUUCUAAAAGAAUUUGUAGAAAAUGAAGUCUUUUCAUCUUUAACUGAGUUAGAACCUCUUCUUAUUGAAUAUAAUGAAAAUAAUUUAACAAAAUUAGUUAAAAAAAAUAUUUCUCUUAAUCAAAAGCCACAUUGUGUAGUAACAUAUGAUGAGACAACAUUAGCUGCUAAUAAUGAUAAAAAAACUGAAUGGAGGCCUGAAGGUGAACAAAAAUUACAUCCAAAGAGACAAAGCAGAUAUAUUCACGUUAGUGAAUUUUUAUGUGAACCUUUGAGACAUGUUCAUUUAACUGUAAAACAAUAUUUAGCCUAUUCAAAAAUUCUAAAUAGAUAUGUUACAGAGACUCUUGAGUUGCUUGCUGAACAACUUAAACGAACAAUUGAUGUUUUGAAAAUUGCACUCUUAAGCAUAAUUUUUGUAUUUGGAUUCGAUAACAAUUCGAAUCAUAAUGCUUUUGCUAAAGAUGCAUUAGUAGCAAGCAGAAUGAAUAGAACAACUGAAGAGAAUAAAACAGGUAAUGAAAGAAAGAAAUAUUUGGGAUCAAUAAUUAAGAGAAAAGGAUUAUUACUUGUUGCUGCUGAAUUUGCUGUAAAAAAAUAUAAAUCACAUCGAAGGAUCUCUGAAAACAUUGUCCCUUAA